AUGCGAUCAAACAAUAAUAACAGCCGCCUCGAUUUGCCGACUUGUCAAUGUUCAAUUGUUCCCGCAGCAAUGAUGGGGCUUAAAUCCAAGAAAAGCCGUCCUUCUCAGUCCUCUUCGUCCUCGCUGGCGUCUUCAGCGACGGGUUCGUUCAGUGUCGUUUCCAGGCGAGGCCUUAAUAACCCGUCUUCCUCGACAUUGUUCCUGCCUUCCGCUACUCAAGAUUUCGAUCAGCCCAAACGCAGCCAGGAGAAAGAAAAAGACAAGAGUAUGACCAAACUAUCCGGGUUCUUUUCCAGUUCAAGAAAGGGGAAAGAGAAAACAGCCGUGCAAUCUAUGGAGCCCAAAACGGGUGUAAUGGUCCUGGAAACGAUGUCAUCACCUGCAACAUCUCUUACAACGGUUCUCAAGUCUGCCAGUCCUAGUUCAGAAUCGUCCAGCCAAGGUCGCGCUAUAAAGAGUGUAGAGUCGACGGCAGCAGACAAUCCUCGACAGCCUCUCUUUGUGGCGAAUCCCGAUCCAUCACCACUGACACAAGAACUUUCCCCCGGAGAACCUCUCUCCUUCAGUGCUUCCGAGUGCUCUUCCAGUUCCGCGAGCGGUUAUACGUCCCAAACUUCCUACACAGAAUCUGACCAUGGCCCAACGAAGAAGGAAAAAGAUCCAUCAAUUCUCACAUAUGACCCCUCGACGGCGACUCAGCUGACUCGGUCCCUGUCGAAUGGUGCUCUGCUCAAUUUAGUACCUCUGCACCAUCCCGAAGAAGAUCCCCCGGCUUACACUCUCCUUCCACAAGCACAACCUCAGAAAAACGUUACUUCUUCGGACCCACGUUCGGAAAGCUCAGAUUUACCUGUGCGACUGAGGCCCGCAAAGACUCUUAGCAAACCAGCUCCAUUGCGACACAUAUCAGUUCCAGUUUUGCCUACUCAGGAUCGCCCUCCAUUACCCUCCAGGGCAGUCAGCGUUCCAGACGCUGAGUUGGUCACACAAAACGGCGGAGUGAUGGUGGGAUAUGGUCUGGACCGGAUUGAUGAAUUGGACGAGACUAGCCCUUAUGGAGUGAACCUGCAUGUCGGUGGUCCGUUCGAUGCUGCCAGUACUGAUGCGAACGGCAAAUCCUCUUCUAAACGCUCAGACCUUCAACCUGGUUUCUUUGACCCUGUCGCUACAAUUUCUUACACCCCGUUUGGUAUUCCGAAAGGUGGCUUGCAGGUUGGACAAGUGAUACCCCGCAACCCGUCUUCUCAACCUCAACACAUCGAACACCAGAGACAUCCAUCGUACACCAAUCAUCAUCUUCAACCCGCUGGAACCUCACUGAAGCAGAACCGCAUGUCGUCUCUUUCAUUCAUGAGCGCUCUACCCAGUCCAGGGUGGCCUCUACCCAGCCCUGGGUUCCCUGAUCCAGGGCCAGAAGACCACUAUCUGGCGACAUCGAAUACGCCCGUCGUGGGUGAGAAAAGCUUUUCUCAGAUUCAGGCUGGCCUUUUCAUAUCGAGCACAUCGUCAACAGCAUCGACUCGGCCAGCGCACAUCGCAGAGGCUUCAUCUUCGUCCACCAUGUCGAGCGGGUCAUCCCAUCACACCGCUCCGCAUGACAAGCCCUCAAACCAAUGGAGCACCUACACUUCUCCUUCAAAUCAUGCAUUUUCGUCGAAUCCACAAACACCCCGUACUCCUAGUUCAGCCAACUGGUCCACCACCGCAUAUGGGGGAAUUGAUAAUGUUCAUCGUGGGAAUGUGAGGCAUAGUCAAAUAGGACUUGCCUUGGGGUCACCAUUACCCGAGUCAUCUCUGAAUGAUCAUGGCCACGAGGGAACGUCGUCAGGGGAAAUGCUUCAUAUAGCUGAGGAACAUGAAGGAAAGGAUGAGGGGGGAGUCGAGGGAAUAGGAAUGGCAAUUCUUAAGGAAGGUAGUUCAGAUGAUGAAGCGCAGUCCGCAGCUGUUCCCACUCAAAUAAAAACUGCGGCUGCGGAUGAACGUGCCUGGAAGUCCUCUGAGAUAAGAGAUGAGGACUAUGAAUAUUGGACUGGAUCUUCGGGAUCGAAUGCAAUAAAACAUCACAAACAACUCAUCGGAUAUGAAUCCACGCCCACAUGGGCCUCAGAAUUUCAGUGUCAUUCACCGUAUUCGUUGUUAGAUGACAAGGAUGCAGUUGAGAGCUACGGGGGACCGCUGGUGAAUGGUGCGAGUAGCAGUCAACAAGCACACCAUCCAUGCGAGGGAACUGGUCACGAUAGAGAAGCCAGUAGUCGAACUUUGAAUGGAACAUCAACACGUGGCUCCUCUCUCUUACCAGAUGCAGUCGCACACAUACGAGCGGCCAGCUCUCAGUCUGCGUUGGGUUCUCAUCUACCUCACCUACGAUCCCAUCCGAGCGGCUACUCAAUCCCACCGCAACAGCGUCAGAAGUUGUACGUUCCAAAUAGCCACAGCCCGCCCACGCUCUCCAUCCCUCCUCAAUCCCGUUCCCUGCAAUCAAGUCCUACGGGAUCCCCGUACCAUUCUGAUUCACACAGUCCAAAUCGCACCCCCGGUUCCGUAUACCCACAUACAAUUCAAGCGCAAUAUCAGGACUCGAGCCAGCUCGUGUCGGCAAGUCCCAAUAAGCACUAUUCGUUACCUUCACCUGCUUCACCCAAUUGGGUAUCACGGGAAGCAUGGACUGGUCAGGGUGUUUAUGGGCCUAUAACAGCCCCUCAGAACAUUCCAUACCAUCCUCACCGACAUACAAACGGAGUGAAAGGAAAUCGGACACCCAGCGGGACUGGAGUGAACGGGCAUCCGAAUGGUUCCUCGCAUCAUCACAGAGAUCCAACGUCUUCCACGUCGAGGGCGAUGUUUUUACCUCCGGGUGCAGCGGCUCCCAAUCCAAACCCUUACGAACGGCAAACGCCGUCGCCAUCAACUCGAUUCAACCCGCCAAGUCCCAGGAACAGCGAUAUUCCCCCAGUUCCGUUGAACAGGCCCCGACACGCUCCCACAAAGCUAGUUAUGCCUACUCCUCUACAAGGUCAUGGUCCACCUCAACAUCCACGAUCACCUUACCAUGCGAAUAGUCUGUCUUCAGCCCAAAAAUACCCACCGCCGCCGCCUAUACCACCAACACCAAACGGAAGUGCUGGCAAGGUUCUCAGGAAGCGGUCCUCUAUGGCGAAUACAACCUUCGGCCCUACGCACACGAAUGGUGGCGAUGAAUGGGGGUAUGUGAGCAACAGUGGGGGAUAUGUAAGCGAGGAUGGGGUUGGGAGGAGUAAGACAAUGCAAGUCAAGAAAGCACCGAAGCGGGUGCUGAGUAAGAGGAGGGCCGACCUUUAG